UAAGAUGAGUACAACUUAGUACACAAGGAGGAGCUAGCAGACUGCAGGACAUCUCUCAGACCCCCUGCUCACUGUGCCCAGGACAGACAGACUCCUCCUGCUAUGGGUCAUUGGGAUGAAAAGAACUAGUGACUGGCACAGGGCUGUGUAGGAGUGCUGUACAUGGGCUGUGAUCUGCAGAGCAUUGCUAUCCAGGGAGCUAUGCUGUGGUGAUCUGCAGAGCAGUGCUGGCCAGGGGUCUCUGUUGCUGUGAUCUGCAGAGCAUUGCUAUCCAGGGAGCUAUGCUGUGGUGAUCUGCAGAGCAGUGCUGGCCAGGUGUCUCUGUUUCUGUGAUCUGCAGAGCAGUGCUGGCCUGGGGUCUCUGUUGCUGUGAUCUGCAGAGCAGUGCCGGCCAGGGGUGAUCUGCUCUGCUGGUCCCUGUGACCUGGGCUUUAUCCUGUAUCUGUGGAUUGCUCCCUGACUGUGAGAUGCUUCGCUGUGUGAUACAGAGAGCCAGUAAUCUUCCAAACCUGGAGAAAGGGGACAGACAGAGUGACCCAGUGACCAGCCUCACCUUCAGAGGAGUUAAGAAGAGAACAAAAGUGGUGAAGAAUAACAUUAAUCCCAUUUGGAACGAGGGUUUUGAAUGGGAUCUAAAAGGCAUUCCUUUGGAUAGUACUUCUGAGCUCACUGCCGUUGUGAAAGACCAUGAAACGAUGGGAAGAAAUAGGUUUCUGGGUCAAACCAGAAUAUUACUUCGGGAUUUAUUUACAUCUCCCAACUUGACGGGCACGUUUAACGCCCCUCUUCUGGACAACAAGAAUCAGAGUAUAGGGGCCACAUUAACCCUGCAGCUUUCAUACUUCCCCCCACCUGGAGCUGUACCCAUUAAUCCACCUACCCCCAUCAAGGAGCCCACUCCGUCUCUAAAUGAGCUGGACACAGUCACUGAUACGGCUGGUGAGGAAGACACUGAAGACCAGAUUGUCACUGGAGAUGAGGGAGAUACAAUAUCGCAAGUUGCUGGCGGAUCAGAACAGCCAAGUCUUCCCAAAAAACCUCCCCAUCUACCUGUUCAAGGUCUGAAAAGGAAGAAAAGUUCUGCAAAGAAGAUAUUAUCGAAUAAGCCACAAGACUUUCAAAUUCGUGUCCGCGUAAUCGAAGGACGGCAGAUUCCAGGUGUAAACAUUAAACCAGUAGUUAAGGUGACAGUCGCUGGCCAGACCAAGAGGACACGGAUACGUAAAGGGAAUAAUCCGUUUUUUGACGAGACUUUCUUCUUCAAUUUCUUUGAGUCCCCGGCUGAGCUCUUCGAUGAGCCGGUGUUCCUGACGGUCUUUGAUUCGCGCUCUCUUCGAACAGACUCCAGUUUUGGUGAAUUCCGGAUGGAUGUAGGAAUGAUUUACGGAGCACCAAAACACGCUUUUCUUAGAAAGUGGCUACUUCUCUCGGACCCUGAAGAUUUCUCAGCCGGGGCUAAAGGUUACCUGAAGGUCAGCCUGUAUGUCCUGGGUCCUGGUGACGACUGCCCUAUGGAAAAGAAGGAGCUCUCAGAGGACAAGGAAGACAUCGAGGGGAAUUUACUGAGACCUACUGGGGUGUCCUUACGAGGAGCUCACCUGAGGCUGAAGAUAUUCAGAGCUGAGGAUCUACCCCAGAUGGACGAUGCCAUUCUGGACAAUGUCAAACAAAUCUUUGGCUUUGACAGCAACAAGAAAAAUUUAGUGGAUCCGUUUGUUGAAGUCAGCUUUGCAGGCAAAAUGCUCUGCAGUAAAAUCAUGGAGAAGAACGCAAAUCCCCAGUGGAAUCAGAUCAUCACUUUACCCAUCAGGUUCCCAUCCAUGUGUGAAAAAAUGAAAAUCAGACUCACUGACUGGGAUCGACUGACCCACAAUGACAUAAUUGGUACCACUUACCUGUGCAUGUCCAAGAUCUCAGCCCCUGGAGGGGAACUGGAAGAUGAGAUUCCUGCAAAGUCGUUCCUGACUUCUAACCCUGACGAUAGUCUGGGAUUCCUUCCGACCUUUGGACCCUGCUACGUGAAUCUGUAUGGGAGUCCUCGGGAAUUCACGGGCUUUCCUGACCCCUACGAAGAGCUGAACAAAGGGAAAGGGGAAGGAGUGGCCUAUCGUGGGCGAGUCUUGAUCGAGCUGGAUACCAAACUUGUGGAACACAUUGAGCAGAAGGUUGACGAUAUUCCUUCCGAUGAUAUCUUACGAGUCGAGAAAUAUCUUCGGAGACGAAAGUAUUGUCUCUUUGCUGCGUUCUACUCGGCCACCAUGCUUCAAGAUGUCGAUGAUGCAGUUCAGUUUGAAGUCAGCAUUGGAAACUAUGGCAAUAAGUUUGACUCAACCUGCUUGCCCUUGCCCUCAACGACACAGUACAGCAGAGCCGUGUUUGAUGGCUGUCAGUAUUACUAUUUACCGUGGGGCAACGUGAAGCCGGUGGUUGUACUCUCUUCAUACUGGGAAGACAUCAGCUUCCGGACAGAUGCUCAAAAUAUACUCCAACACACUAUUGACAAUCUGGAAGCAAACUUGGAAAACGUCCACCUCUCUGUAAAAGCAAAGAGCUCUCCGUAUGACUUGGAUUCCUUGGUUGCCCGUUUGAUUGAUGACAUCAUCACCGACUGCAGUGAACCAAUGCCUGAUGUCCUCUCUAUGCCCCAAGCCACCCAUCUGGAUCACAGUCUAUACCGGUUUCGCAAGGCGAACCUCAGCCAGAUCAUAAACGCUGCUCACAAAAUAAAACAUGAGGAGUGUGAGCUAGAAAACGUGCUGGAGCAGGCUGAAGACUGGCUAACGCGAUUAAAAGCCAUGGUCGAGGAGCCACAGAACAGCCUGCCAGAUAUAGUGAUUUGGAUGUUACAAGGAGACAAGCGUGUGGCUUAUUACAGAAUGCCAGCCCACCAAGUCCUUUUCUCCAAGAACGGCUCCAAAUAUUGUGGCAAGAACUGCGGGAAACUUCAGACAAUAUUUCUAAAAUAUCCACAGGAAAGCAAUAAAGUUGCCAAGAUGCCGGCCCAGAUUCGGGUCCAGCUGUGGUUCGGGCUCUCGGUGCAUCAGAAGGAAUUCAAUCAUUUUUCCCAGGGGAAGCUGUCUGUUUUUGCUGAAACAUAUGAGAACCAAACUAAGCUAGCGCUGGUGGGAAACUGGGGGACGACUGGCCUCACCUACCCCAAGUACACGGACCUGACUGGGAAAAUCAAGCUUCCCAAGGACAGCUUUAAGCCAUCUCAUAGUUGGAACUGGGCUGGAGAUUGGUUCAUAAGCCCUGAAAAGACGUUACUGUAUGAUACAGAUGCCGGUCACAUGAGUUUUGUGGAAGAAGUGUUUGAGAACCAAGCAAGGCUACCCGGCGGCCAAUGGAUUCACAUGACGGAGGCCUAUGCCGAUGUGAAUGGGGAGAAGGUGUUGCCUAAAGAUGAGAUUGAAUGCCCUCCAGGAUGGAAUUGGGAGGACGAAGAGUGGUCAACUGAUAUCAACCGUGCUGUUGAUGAACAGGGUUGGGAGUAUGGCAUCACAAUUCCACCUGACCGUAAACCCAAGUCCUGGGUACCUGCUGAGAAAAUGUAUCAUACAAACCGCAGGAGACGGUGGGUUCGACUACGGAGAAGAGACCCCAAGCAAAUCGAGAUCCUUAAAAAGCACAAGCCGGAUGAGCUGGAGAGUGAGGGCUGGGAAUAUGCAUCCCUCUUCGGGUGGAAGUUUCACCUGAAUUAUCGCAAGACAGACAGCUUCAGGAGAAGGCGCUGGAGACGUCGUAUGGAGCCAUUAGAAAAGUCAGGAGCUGCAGCUGUUUUUGCUCUAGAAGGAACUCUGGGAGGUGUUGCAGAUGACAAAAGUGAUGAUGGAAAAUGCACCACAACACUAAGCUUCGGUGUUAACCGACCAACCAUUUCCUGCAUAUUUGAUUAUGGGAACCGCUAUCAUUUGCGCUGUUACAUUUACCAAGCAAGGAACCUGAUACCCAUGGACAAAGACAGUUUUUCAGAUCCAUAUGCCAUUGUUUCUUUCCUCCAUCAAAGUCAAAAAACUGUGGUUGUGAAGGGCACAUUAAACCCAACGUGGGAUCAGACACUCAUCUUUUAUGAAAUAGAGAUUUUCGGAGACGUUGCGACUAUUGCCGAGGCGCCUCCCAAUAUAGUGGUGGAAAUUUAUGACCAUGACACCUAUGGUGCUGAUGAAUACAUGGGUCGGUGUAUAUGUAAGCCAAGUAUGCAGCGUUCGCCCAGAUUAUCCUGGUUCCCGAUCAUGAUUGGAGAUAAAAACACAGGAGAACUGCUUGCUGCCUUCGAGCUGAUUCAGCGUGAAAAGCCAGCGUUGCAUCAUAUUCCUGGACUAGAGGGUGACAUUUCUGGGGUUCUCAGUGAGCUCCUAGUACCUGGUUUCUUCACAGAGAGACUACUAGACUCGUCAGCAGACACGGACCUUCCCUACCCCCCACCACAAAGGGCAGAUAAUAUAUAUAUGGUCCCGCAGGGUAUCAAACCUGUACUCCAGCGCACAGCCAUUGAGGUUUUGGCAUGGGGCCUGCGGAAUCUGAAGAGCUACCAGUUGGCUAGUGUGACCUCCCCCAGCCUGAUCGUAGAGUGUGGCGAUGAGAUGGUCCAGUCUUGUGUUCUUAAAAAUGUCAAGAAGAAUCCCAACUUCGAUGUUUGUGUUCUCUUCAUGGAAGUGAGAUUACCCAGAGAAGACCUGUAUUGCCCACCAAUCAUAGUGAAAGUGAUUGACAAUCGCCAGUUCGGAAGGAAACCUGUGGUGGGUCAGUGUACCAUCAAGUCUUUGGAGGAGUUUAACUGUGACCCUGAUGCAGAAGAUAUGGACACUGAUGACAAUCAAAUAGAUGUUACGAGUAUCACCCCGAGGGAUGACAUAAUCAUUGAUAUUGAUGACAAAGAACCCCUUAUACCAUCUCAGCUUGCAGACGGAACGAACAGCUCCGCAAUAAUUAACUUAUCAUCCUCUUGGUCCAGCCUCCAUGAAGAAGAAUUUAUUGAUUGGUGGAGCAAGUUUUAUGCUUCUAUUGGUCAGACGGAUAAAUGUGGAACCUACAUCGAGAAAGGCUUCGAUACGCUCCAGGUUCUUGACACAGAGCUGGAAAAAAUAGAUGAUUAUGAUGGCCUGUCCGACUUUUGCCGAACCUUCAAGCUCUACAGAGGGAAGACCCAAGAUGAGGCUGAAGAUCCAUCCUUGGUCGGGGAAUUCAAGGGGUCCUUUAAAAUCUAUCCCCUCCCUGAUGACCCAUCUUCACCCAUGCCAGCUCGCCAGUUUCGACAACUCCCAGCAAAGGGUCCUCAGGAGUGUCUCGUACGGGUCUAUGUUGUCCGUGCCCUUGGGUUGCAGCCCAAAGACACCAACGGCAAGUGUGAUCCCUACGUGAAAAUAUCAAUUGGGAAAAAGUCUGCUAAUGACCAAGAAAAUUACAUUCCCUGUACACUAGAGCCUGUCUUUGGAAAGAUGUUUGAGUUGACUUGUACCCUGCCCAUGGAGAAAGACCUAAAAAUUGCUCUGUAUGACUAUGACCUGUUGUCGAAGGAUGAGAAGAUUGGAGAGACCAUCAUUGACUUAGAGAACCGUUUUCUUUCCAAGUAUGGGGCAAGAUGUGGCUUACCUCAAACCUACUGCACAUCUGGACCUAAUCAAUGGAGGGACCAACUACGACCUUCUCAACUUCUACAUAUUUUUGCCCAACAACGUAACUGCAAACUCCCAGUCUACCAAAAACAUACAAUAUUGUUUAGGAAUGAGGAAUAUGGGCUUACUGACCUCGAUGACAGCAAGUUUCCAAACCCACACUUGGGGUCACCAGAUGAGCGCCUCGCUCUGCACGUCCUGCGACAGCAAGGCCUGGUGUUCGAACAUGUAGAGACCAGGUCUCUCUACAGCCCUCUGCAACCUGAUAUCGAACAGGGCAAGCUGCAAAUGUGGGUAGAUGUAUUUCCCAAAUCCCUCGGUGUCCCAGGCCCUCCAUUCAAUAUUACUCCCCGGAAAGCAAAACGGUUUUAUUUACGCUGCAUAGUCUGGAAUGCCAAAGACGUGAUCUUGGAUGAUGUCAGUAUCACAGGAGAGAAGAUGAGUGAUAUUUAUGUAAAGAGCUGGCUGAUAGGCCAUGAAGAAAAUAAACAGAAGACAGAUGUGCAUUACAGGUCUAUGGGCGGUGAAGGGAACUUCAACUGGAGAUUUGUAUUCCCUAUUGAUUAUCUUCCUGCAGAACAGGUCUGCUUAGUGUCUAAGAGGGAGCAUUUCUGGAGCAAGGACAAGACAGAAAAUAAAAUCCCUCCAAACAUUAUUUUCCAGAUUUGGGAUAAUGAUAAAUUCUCAUUUGAUGACUAUCUAGGUUCCAUACAGCUGGAUCUCAACCAAAUGCCAAGACCUGCAAAAACUGCUGAAAAGUGCCAACUGGAUCUGCUCGACGAGGCUAUGUCUGCAGAUAAACUGGUAUCUUUAUUUGAACAGAAGACCGUGAAAGGCUGGUGGCCAUGUGUGGCCAUGCAUGGUGACCAGAAGAUUAUUGCUGGAAAACUUGAAUUGACUUUAGAAAUUGUAAAUGAACAUGAAUAUGACGAAAGGCCAGCGGGCAUUGGCCGUGAGGAACCAAACAUGAACCCACGGCUGGAAGAACCAAAACGACCAGAAACAUCAUUCUUCUGGUUCACAUCCCCGUAUAAAACCUUGAAAUACAUCCUGUGGCGGAGAUACAAGUGUAUCAUCUUUGUUGCGAUCAUCGUCUUCCUGCUUUUGCUUUUCUUUGGAAUCUUCUUGUAUGCUUUUCCGAACUAUGCAGCUAUGAAACUGGUGAAACCCUUCCAAUAACUGGCCUUAUUAACAGCGGGAAUGAUCUAUCGAUGGACGUAGUCUUCAGGGAUAUCUUCUGCCUGAGAUAUGAGAUAAGCUUCAACACUGUGAACCAAAACAAGCCUCUACCUAGAUCUACCUAUGCAUCGCUCGACCCCUAUGUGAUUUAGCUGAUUCCAGACUGUAUGAGCUCUGCUGGAAGCUACAUCUACUGGCAGGAUUUAUAGUAUAAGGAUCGUUCAUGUCAAAUUGUCAAUAAUUCUGUUUCCUCACCACACAGAGGCAGUACAGUCAUUGGCAGGGGUUCAUAAAAUCUGACUGUGUAUGCACGUGACAAUGUACCCUGUGAUCUAAUAGUUGCAAGAAAAUAGCCAAACCUAGAGCAAAGGCAAUUUUUUUUAUUAACAUAUAAUGUACAUAAACACUGGAUUUCAUAUCGGCUAGGCCCAUCUAGUUUUUUAUUUCAAUUUCACAUUUAUACUACAGAAACCCACAAAGUUUCCCAAGUAUUAUAAGGUUAUAUAUAUACACUAGUAUUUUGUUUCUUUUGUUUAAACAUAUUUCUCUCAAUGUAGAGACCUAACUACACAUAUGGACUUAACAACAUUAGUCUCUCUCUCACACACACACACACACACAAUCGUUAGUCCCUCACACACACACACAGUCAACCUUGACCAAUCACAUUGCAGUAGAAUAGCUAUGGUUAGCUAACCAAUAUAUCAUGGAAUCUAAAUUUCAUAGCUGAGAUUGCACAUCCACCUUCCCUUGGUGAAUAUUACAUCCUGGUGCCCUGGAAGUAUAUUCUUGCAUUAAUUUAGACUUGUCUCAAUAUCCAUUUAAUAUAGCUUUUCUUUAAUCAUGUGAUAUAAAUGAAUUUUCAAGAUUUGAACAUGAUAACCAUAGUUAUUUUAUGCAGGUGAAAUUUAGGGAUAGGUGGUUUAAAGAUUUUAUUGGGAUUCUCCAUCUGAACAGGAGGUUCUGGGUCUAAGGUCGACUGGCCAGAUAUUGCACCAGGCAUGAUAGCCAUACAUGGGUACAAUCUGGGCCAAACAGCUUUUCCUCUAGGCCUGGAGUAUGUGGGUUGGUUCCUCCUACUUCUUGCCUUACAAGACCUGUUCUCUGUAUACAUUUGCUCCUAUACACUUCCCCUUGUGGUGUGACCCCCAACCUAAUUGCAGAGUAUUCAAAGUAUAGUAUUAAGAAGUGGAGCAAUAUCAAGCAAAAUAAGCCCCUCUCCCACAUGCAACAAA